AUGUGUCCUUUGUUUAUCCUGUUGCUGCUGCAUGUAAGUAGUUCUUGGGCACAGUUUGGAGAGUACUGCCAUGGAUGGAUGGACAAUUAUGGAAGUUGGCACCCAGGGUUUCAGUGCCCAGAAAGAUAUGAUCAUGUAGAAUCUACCUACUGCUGUGGGUCUUGCAAUCUAAGGUACUGCUGUACUGCCAGUGAGGCCAGGCUGGACCAAGGACUCUGUCCUAGUGAGGAGCAGGAAGAUCUACUCAAGGAAGGAGUGUCGGCUGUAGAGAUGCCAGCUGCAGUGCCCACAUACCUGCCCUUUCUUCUGGUUGGCACCAUAUUUGUGAGCUUCGUCAUUGUGGGUGCUCUUGUGGGAGUAUGCUGUUGCAGAUGUCUUAAACCUGAAGAAGAAACCCAGAUCAAUGGGCCUGCUCCCCAAAGCCGACUCUUGGAGACCGAACCAUCUACUGAUGUCUCAAGACACUCAAGCUCCAGCUCAAACUCUGCCCCCCGUGCAUCGCUUAGUGCUCGUCCUCAAAACCUCUGUGGUCUGGGAGCCGAAAAUAUCAAUUUGUAUAUGAACAUGCCACAAGCAUUUCCAGUCAUGGGCUGCCCGCCAAAUGCACAGUUUAUGCACACUGCGCAAUCGGCCGCUCCUUUCUUACAGCCACAGUUUAUUAACUAUGCUGUGCCAGGGGAGCACACCAUAUUAAUGGCACCAGCUUCUUACAUUGAUGCCAGAAACCUUUACCCACAAUCUACAAGCUACCCCCAAUCUACAAACUACCUUCCACUCGCCCACCAUACUGACCAGGUUGUGAUAGAUGAAUCCCCUUCUAAGUGUUGAGCCCACUGGGGAGGUUUUAUUGUUUUACUAGAUGAGACUCAAAGGACAGUAACAGGACCUAGUUUGGUACUAUGCCGGGUAAAAUAAGCUUUUAUGGAAAUGACACAAUAUCUGGUGUAAAUGCUACGUCUCUUAUGUUUUUAGUAAUGUUUGUGACAGAUGACUUGUGCUGUGAGGCCGCGUCCACCUUCCCACCAACCCAAGUCCUCCAUG